GCUCAGUGAACUGUGAGUGAUUUUACCAUGUCUUACCUAAUAGUGUUCUUCUCGUCUUAAACUUAAUUAGAAGUUCUAAGUGAGGUAAAAUAGGAUUCCAGGAUCAUGGCUGCUCAAGAGAGAGGGAUAAAUAUGAUGGGAAAGCCGGUUUUCGUACAUCUCAACGGGGACAGUUAUAAGAGAAAGCGUAUUGUUGUCAAUCACAGAGACAUGCGAAGCUUUGAAUCUUUCUUAAAUACUGUGGCAGCUAGUUUUCGUACACCAGCUCGAGAAAUAAGGACUCCAGGUGGAAGACAUCGAAUCAGAACGCUUGACGACCUACAGAGAGACUGCACUUAUGUCGUUAAGGGAAGAGAGCCGUUUAAAAAAAUUGGAUAUGAUGUGAAAGACUCGAGGCCCAACCGUUUACCGCCUCUCAAAGGACCUGAGGUAAAUUUCCUCGAGCUAAAUCAUCGCAAAUUUGGAAACGUGCCGGGCAGAGCGAGGGUAAGCGGUCUACGGAAAAAGGAAGAGAUAAAAACCAUCAUUGUUUUUUGCAAUGGAGUUGUGGCCAAACCAAAAAGAGUCCAGUUGCGAACAGACUUUAAAAUGUUUCAGGUCUUAGAGUCUGUGAAUGAUAAAGUGAGCUCAGUCAGCAAGAAUGGUGCAGUUUAUGAUCUGUAUACUUUAGAUGGUCAAAAGAUAUCAGAACCAUCACAGCUGAAUGAUUCUGGACAAUAUGUUGCUGUUGGGAGAGAACGAUUCUUUGAUAGAAGUGUUACCUACAGUGACCAAGGAGUAGCAGCCCAGUUAACUCCAAGAAGAACCUCAACCAAAGCCAAAGGAAUAGAAAGAAAACCCCCCAGUAAAAGAGGAGCAGCUAAACGAGCCACAAAAAAGAAGUCACUUGUGGCCGACAAUGAGGAGCCUCAGGUGAACAGUCUGCCCCCAUACAUGGCAACAAGAGAUGAACCAGAACCAUUUUCUCCUUUUGAUUCUUUGAAAGAUACUCUAGCUGAGUCUCUUAGAGAUGAUGAGCCAGUGAGAGGCCAUGUGACGGAAAGAAGUGACUCUCCACAUGAAUCAGAGAUUGAGGAUAUACCAAUAGAGGAAACUUUAAAGGAUCAGGUUGCUAAUGUUCUUGGAGACAAUGGUGUUCCAGUUGAUAAUUUUGUGUUUGGCAGAAAAGAUAGUGCAGAUAAUGGGAAGCCAUCAGUGUAUGAAGCUAGUGGCGAGAACAGAGAGGAUGCCAGAGAAAUCCAAGAUGAUAGAGAAACAAUAGAAGACAAACCCAUUGAUCAAAUGCCAGCUGAAGAGGUUGCUGAUGAAGAAAUAGGAGAUGAAAAUUAUGGCAACCGAAAUAAUUCCACAGACAAGAUACGCAAUGAAGAAGAACGGGAAGAGAUGGAGGAAAAUGGUGAAACAAAACAUUAUGACAAUGAAAGAGAUCAACCAAAAGCAAGUGAACAAAUUGAGUCUAAAGAUACAAAUGAAAGUAUAGAACAACAAGAACAACUUGAGCCAACAGGCACUAACAGGCCACAAGAAGAGAUUGAUACAACUGAAAAUAGUGAGCCACGAGAAGAGAUUGAUACAACUGAGCACAAUGAGCUGCAAGACUUAAACAACCAUAAUGAACCACAAAAUGAACACGAUCGACAGGAAUCUGUACAGUGAAAUUAUUUGUUAUGAUUAUACAGUUAGUAGUUAAGUAGAGCAACUCUUGUUCUUCUGAGUAAAAAUGUGGCAUGCUCCACAGGUUUCCUGGAGGAAAGAAAAGAUCCUCCUUUUUUAAGAAGACAGCCUCUUGCCAUGUUAUGUUUCUAGAGGAAGAGUUGUCGAGGAUUAUUAUAUUUUUAAAAACUCAAGACAUGACUCGGUGAUUUACAUCUUUGGAAGAAAGAUUGUAGUUCAGCAACACACAUUAUAGUCCCUAUCCUAUACUGGUGGGGAACGUUUCAGGAUUGAUCAACUGUUUACAGGACUGUUAAGAAGGUAUUAUUUUCUCCCCAGUACAAUAAUUUUACUGAUCUGAAAAAAAUCUAAAAAUUUAUUUCAAAUGGAGAACAAAUCACAAAAGUCUCAGAAACAUGUGCAAGAUCUAUUUAAUUUCUGGAAAUUAUUCUGAGAUUAACAAAGACUCUU